AUGUCCGGCCACACAUCCGAAACAAACCUUGCAAGGAGGACACAUGCCCAAAUCUCAAUUAUCUAUUGGAUGGAGAGAGUUAAGAAAAUAAGAAGAAAUAGAGGAAAUACUAACUCGAUGGUUUCUAAGGGAGCAAGUACGGCUUUGGUCAUAGCUCCUGCUAAAGCCCCGUUGAGAAACUCGCCGACUUCUUUACUCCUUAUGAAAUCUUGA